CUGUUACCGAAUGGCGACUUUGAGCAGGGGCCGGAUGAGUCCCAGAUGAACAACACCAGGGUGAUGAGUCCCAACGCCAUACCGCACUGGGAGAUAUCGGGGUUCGUGGAGUACAUCGGGUCCGGCCACACGCAGGACGACAUGAUCCUGCCGGUGCCGGAAGGCGACAGCGCCGUGCGGCUGGGCAACGACGCAACCAUCCGGCAGGAGCUCUGCGUGACCCGGCAGACCUACUACUCCAUCACCUUCACCGCCGCGCGGUCGUGCGCCCAGGCCGAGGCGCUGAACGUGUCGGUCACCCCGGACUCCGGCGUCCUCCCCAUCCAGACCGUGUACACCAGCAGCGGCUGGGACUCCUACUCCUGGGCCUUCAAGGCCAAGCACAGCACCGUGUGGCUCUCCAUCCACAACCCCGGCUACGAGGAGAACCCGGCGUGCGGACCCCUCGUCGACUUCAUCGCCAUCAAGGCCCUCCACCCUCCCCGUCACAUCCCGGGCAACAUGUUGAGGAACGGGGACUUCGAGGAGGGCCCGUACAUCUUCCCGGCCGUGCCGUGGGGCGUGCUGGUGCCGCCCAUGUCGGAGGACCUCUACUCGCCGCUGCCGGGGUGGACGGUCCUGUCGGACACCAAGGUGGUCAAGUACGUGGACGCGGCGCACCACGCGGUGCCGCGCGGCGCGCGCGCCGUGGAGCUGGUGGCCGGCAGGGAGUGCGCGCUGGCGCAGGAGGCGCGUACCGUGCCGGGGCGGCCCUACAGGCUCUCCUUCUCCGUCGGCGACGGGGCCAACGGGUGCGAGGGGCCCCUGGGCGUGGACGUGUACGCCGGGCAGGCGGGGACGGCGGCGAAGGUGUCGUACGAGUCCCGCGGCACGGGCGGGCACAGGCGCGUCGAGCUGGACUUCGAGGCGGCCGAGGGCCUGACGACGCGCGUGGUGUUCCACAGCUCCAACUACCACAUGAAGCCCGACGGGACGCUGUGCGGCCCGGUCGUCGACGAUGUCUCGCUCGUGCCCGUGCACAGGCACGCUGCCCGCCGGCUGCGCAUGUAGGUAGGGCGCGUCCCAAUCAACGGUCUUGUCGAAGCAUCCCGUAGGCCGUAGUGCUCCCGUGAGGUUGCUUUUUUUUAACGAACAACAACAUUCGACGAGUGUAUUUCUAUUAAUAU